AUGUCUGAAGAACCGCUUGUUGAGCAGGUGGCGCCGCAGCCUGAAGAGGAUGAGGAUCAUGAGUUUUGUGUGGGGUUCUGUAAGAGAAACGUCGACCCAAUCUACCACGACAUCCUGCGUCACAUGUGCAUCGCAAUCGGUGGCUCCAAACACCAAAUCACAGUUUUCAACGAUUUCGCGAAUGCUCACAUGAGAAACGAAGAAGACUCCCUUCCAAUGCAUCGUUACUACGUCAAACGUAUCCAUGACCUCCAGAUAGAACUGCUAGCCACCAAAAAGUUGACCGAACGGGAGAAAAAGCAAAAAACCAAUUCGAUCAAGAAGGAAUACACCGCCGAGAUGAUGGCGAUCGACUCGAAGCAGGAGGGUAUCGAGAAGGUGAAGUACGCGAGGGAUGCUAUGAUAUUCACUACCGGAAAUCUUAUCCAAGCCAUCUCAGCGCCCAUCACAUUUGCCGGGGAGACUAUGGAGCCUUGCUACUCGGAUGGCACCCCGUGGUCCGCUGAGCCGGAGAUCCUAGAGCCGCCGAAAAUGCCGGAUUACCUGGUGGCCCUUCGUCUACAAAAGGAGAAAGAUGAAGUGACGACGAAGGAUUGUCUGGCGACGCUUAAAAUCGAUUAUGACACGCUGUUGAGUAACAAUCAGGCGAUGGAGAAGGCACAUUUGCUGGAUAAAGUCGAGUUGAGCAAGAAGGAUGAGAUUAUUGCGGAUCUGCAGACUGAAGUUAGCACGUUUAGGAGGAAUGCGAUCAAUGGGACGAGAAAUGAGACGAGAGACCGCCAACUUGGGUAUUCCUUCCUAAAAGAUGUGAUCUACCACGCGCACGCCGCAUUCGAGUACCAGGACCGUCUCUUCUCAGAAAUGAAACAAAUCUUCGACGCCGGCCAAUAUUGCAAAAUCGACGAGAUCAAUUACUACGCGGAGACAGUGAAGGCGCUCCGAAUGAAAUGGAUCGAUAAACUUCCGUUGGCCGAGAAACGGGAGUUACAGGAGCCAAUUGACGCGGAGUACACACACUCUCAGUCCAAUCUCGCAUUGCUGAAAAUGAUCAGAUCGAAGUUUGAGGUGAUGAGCGAUUGCUAUGAUAAGUAUAAGGAGUUUGUGAAUACAAAAACGAAUUGUACACUUCCGACAGCCGGGCAGUUGAAUCAAUUCGAUGAGAUUCUCAUAGCUUCUGAAAAAGAUAAGAUUGAGAGUAUGUCUCUUGAAGAAUGCCGUGGGGAAUAUCUGAAAAUGUUGCGGGAUAUUGAAUUGGUACGUGGGAGAAACGAGGUGCUAGCCAUAGCGAAACACGCGGCGGAGGAGGAAAACAGAAAGCUGAAAAUCGAUAUGACUGGUAUGGACCGGGAAAUUGAUCAGACCAAAAAACGAGUGGACGCCGCACAAAAACGAAUGAUUAUCAUGGAGAAUGUACAUGACGGAAGGCAGAUGCAGAUUCUGCAACUUGAAAAAAAAUAUGAGAAAGAGGUUGCCAGUUUGAACGAGAAAGUGCUGAAACUCGAGAAGAUUGUGGGCGAUCGGACGGAGGAGUUGACGGAGUUGAUGGAUUUGGUGGAGAAGGAGAAAAAAUUGCCGCCGUGGACGGAAAAGGAUGAGGAGUGGUUGAAGAAGAUUGAGAAGUUGGAGGAGGAGAAACCGGACAUGGAUUUGGAGGGGUGGUGUCAGAAAGUGCAUGAUUUGGAGGCACUGAUCAACGAAAAAGAGCCAAGCACCGAUUCCUCCCCACAACGUACGAUCACCGAGCUCCGCCGAGAACUCCGCAAAGCCAAAGAGCGUAUCCAAUUGAAAACCGAAAACUACUGUAUCCUCUGCGACAUUUAUUGCAACGCCGUCAACGUUCUCUGCAAUGACCAAAUAAAAGAUGCCAAGGAGUUCCUAAUGUUCAAGUCAACAACCCUCCAUCAAGCUCCAGGAAUCCCCGAAAAGAAGAAGCUUCACCAGUUGUUCGAGGAGGAGUUCCAUGAGAAAGUAGAGAAAAUCAACGAUUACCGAAAGAGUUGUCUCGUAAAGCAACAAGAUUGGGAGGAACGACGUAAGAAGAUGUUGGCGCAAGCAGCAAAGCCAGUGGAGUCAGAUCCUGGGGACCUUGAGGAGCUUCACGAAUGGAGCAGAGAGUUCCAGGAGCUCAAGGAGCUCUACCAACAGAGUCUAAAGAUUCGAACUGCUUGGUGGGAGAAUGAUGAGAUCUGCGGGACAAAGGAAUUCAAGGAGCUAUUCGGGUCGGAGAGUUUCCCGAAGAACAAAGCGGAUUUGAUGAAUCUAGUGGAGCUUUUAAAACGGGAUAAGAUAGCGGAGACCCUGGAAAAAGAGUUCCAAAGGAGCAAAGAUAUGGAAUCGAAACUGGCGGAGGCUGAAAAGAUGGCAAAGGCAAUGAGAGACCAGAAAGAGGCGAUGGAUGCCAUGGCAGCACAACAUAGACAUACCUGUGGUGGCGAUGCUGAUAAGGAUGCGAGGAUCGCUGAGCUCAAAGCAAAAAACGCCAGCCAGUCCCAAAAAUUGAAGGUGUCUCAUAAAGAAACGGCGGAUUUGGCGAUGAAACAACGGGAGACUGAGAAGCAGGUCUUGGCGCUUCAAAAGAAUCUGGCACUAUUCAAAAAAGCAGCCACGGGAGCGGAGGACGGGCUCGCUGAUGUGGAGAGAAUCGCCGCGUUGGAACAAAAAGUCGAGGAAAUGAAUAAAAAGUUGGAGAGAGCGCAGAGGGAGUCGGCGGAGAAGGAUCGACAGAUGGCGAUUGUCGAGACGGGAUACUUGUCAAGGAAUGGGAUUGUGAGGGUGCAGAUUUCCGCGGGAAGAAUGUGA